UUCACAAAACCCCAAACGCCCAAAAACCAGAGGAACUAAAAUUUCUCAAUCACACCCCCACCCUCUCCACACAUCAUACUCUCUCUCUCUCUCUCUCUCUCUCUCUAAAAUCUUCGACCUCAACACUGCAUGGUCCUUUCUAUCGCACCACUUUGUGGUUAAUUUCACACACAAAUUAGGGAAAUUUCUCCCACCCAUUUCGCAGUUCCACUAUAAUGGCAGUUCCUGAUCUUCCCAUUGCAGCAAAUUUACAGAAAAAAAACAGGAUCUUGAUCGUCUUUUCACGGCUUAAAUCGACAAUGUGAGGUGAGUUUGUUGUAAAUUUCAUUUGGGUUUCAGUUAAAUGUUUGUUCAUCGAUGAUGGUUUCUGAAACAACCACCAGAAACCAAACAAUUCAUGACGUCAUCGCCACUAAAACUUCAAUUAAACCCAAAUCAAGACCGGUUUCUUCAAGAUACUUAUCCCCUUCACCUUCAAAUUCGAAUUCAUCAUCAUUACGGACAGUAACACCUUGUAGGAGAUCCCUUUCUCCUCUAAUUUCAAAAAAUUCGGCUUCUCCGGUGGUGAACCGGUCGGUUUCCGUCGACCGGAGGCGACCCGCUAGACCGGAUCUUACCCUAAAACCCAACAAUGCUGCUACUGGUGGUGGGGUUACAUCUACAAGAAGUUUAUCAGUUUCUUUUCAAGGUGAAGCCUUUUCUUUACCAAUUAGUAAAACCAAAAUCACCCAACAAUCACCUAAAUUAACCCGAAAGGCGAAUCCUGAAAGAAAACCAACCCCCACUGGAGAUCAUGUUGAGAAUACUAAACCCAUGGAUCACCACCGCUGGCCCGGUAGAACCCGACAAACAAACGCCACCCUCUUGUCGAAAAGUUUUACUUUAGAGUGUGGGGGUGAGAAGAGUAAGGUGAAUUGUUCCAAUGUAUAUAGGGAGUUGAAGUUACACCAGUCGCUGAAUUUGGACAGCAGAAGGGUGUCGGUUGAUGGUGGUAAACCAAGUCUUGAUUUGGUUGAUUCGGUUGAUCUUUUAAAGCGUAUUCAACGUAACCCGGAUGGGGAUUUGGUUAAAGAUUCGUAUUCGGAUACAGAUAGUGUCUCCUCUGGUAGCACCUCAGGAGGAAUUCAAGAAAAUGGGCAGACCCGUUUAAAAAUCGGGCGUAGUGGGAUUAUUGUGUCACCUAAGUUUUGGCAAGAAACUAAUAGUAGAAUGAGGAGGUUGCAAGAUCCAAGUUCUUCACCACUUUCAACUACCCCGAAACCGAAUGCUUCACAAAAGAAUUUAAAUUCAAGAAGGUUGUCGAGUGAUAAUAAUCUUUUAUCAUCAACAAGAACGAUGGCUUCCCCAAAUAGAAUAAGACCGUUAUCACCGAAUAAGGUUAUGACGACAUCACCAUCUAGGGGUAUGAUUAGUCCUCGUAGGAAUUCGGUUUCUGGAAUUAAUAAUAAUCUUGGUGAGACACCAUCGGUACUUAGUUUUGCUGUUGAUGUUAGAAGAGGAAAAGUGGGUGAAAAUCGGUUUCUUGAUGCACAUGUUUUGAGGCUUUUGUAUAAUCGGCAAUUGCAGUGGCGGUUUGUAAAUGCUAGAAAUGAAGACAUAGUAUUAAAGCAAAAACAUAGCGUUGAGGAAAAUCUAUGGAAUGCAUGGAUUACGAUCGCAGAUAUGCGUGAUUCUGUGACGAGAAAAAGACAUAGGUUGCAACUGUUGAGGCAAAAGCUGAAAUUAGCAUCGAUUCUUAAGGCGCAAAUGGUUUAUCUUGAAGAUUGGGCUUAUUUAGACAAAAACCAUUCAAUAUCAUUGCUUGGAGCCAUUGAAGCUUUGAAGGCUAGCACCCUUCGUCUUCCUGUUGCGGCAGGAGCAACGGCUGACCUCCAAAGCAUGAAAGAUGCCAUAAGUUCAGCAUUUGAUGUGAUGCAGGCAAUGGGGUCAUCAAUGAACUCACUUUGUUUACAGGUUGAAGAAGUGAAUUUAAUGGUGACCAAAAUUGCAAAAUUAUCUGCAAAAGAGAGAGCUUUGCUUAGGAUUUGCAAAGAUUUCUUAUCUGUUUUAUCAGCCCUCAAGGUGAAGGAAUGUAGUUUGAGAACACAUGUGUUACAAACGAGUUGCGUGAACUGAUGUUACUGUUGAAAAAUCAUUAACAUUUAACCAUGGACUAAGUAAGUAGCUGAUUUUCUACUUUACCCGUUGUGGCAGAUACACAGGAGUUGCUUGUUGUAUUAUGUAUCUUCCUAAUAGAUGUAACUGUAUAUAUGUAUAUGAUGAUAUAAAUAUAUAUAUAAGUUAAUAAAUGAUUCUUUUUAGAUUU